CAGCCUGGCACUGCAAGCCACCUGCGGGACGCGUGCUGGGGGGCUGCCUGAGCUUAAGCUCUCGCAAUGGAGCAUCAAUGCAUGAGGCCCUGAGAGCUUGACGACAGCCGCUCUCUGGACCCAUCACCAUCCGCCCAGAACAGCCCAACCCGCCAACCAACUCCAGUGUCUUUUGGGAGUUUGACUCGCCUCUCCUGCUGCUGUCAUUCCGACCACCCCUGUUGGUUCCAGGAGCUGGGACGAGAAUCCCAACCCCAGUCCAAAGCCCCGAUCGUGAUCGACGGAGCCGAGCGGGCUGCAGAUAAUACCACCGACCUAGUCGCCGCGAUGGAUACUCUAGUGGCCAAGUACAGCCGGCCGGCCUACCAGCAGAAUGAGAGCUUUGCCGAAGACGAACAGCAGGACCUCUGUGACUCGGUGCCCAGCCUGUCGCUCAAGUUCGCCGUCCCGCCCGUAGCACAUCCCUCAGCCUGGCUCCGCGCCGCAACCGACGACCAUGCAAACCCGCACUGCCCCAUCAAGAUCGCGCACGGCACCACCACGCUCGCCUUCCGCUUCCGGGGCGGCAUCAUCGUGGCGACCGACUCGCGUGCGACGGCCGGCAACUGGAUCGCCUCGCAGACGGUGAAGAAGGUCAUCGAGAUCAACUCAUGCCUGCUGGGCACCAUGGCCGGUGGCGCCGCCGACUGCCAGUACUGGCUCGCCUGGCUGGGCAUGCAGUGCCGCCUGCAUGAGUUGCGCCACAAGCGCCGCAUCUCGGUCGCCGCCGCCUCCAAGAUCCUCGCCAACCUGGUCUACCAGUACAAGGGCAUGGGUCUGAGCAUGGGUACCAUGUGCGCCGGCGUCACCAAGGAGGAGGGGCCCGCUCUCUACUACAUUGACAGCGACGGCACCAGGCUUUCUGGGAACCUGUUCUGCGUCGGCUCCGGUCAGACGUUUGCCUACGGUGUCCUCGACGCCGAGUACAACUACGAGCUCUCAGAUGAGGACGCCCUCGAGCUGGGACGCCGCAGCAUCCUCGCCGCCACUCACCGUGAUGCUUACUCGGGUGGUUUCAUCAACCUAUACCACGUCAAGGAGGAGGGCUGGGUGAGGCACGGCUUCAACGACACCAACCCCAUCUUCUGGAAGACCAAGCUGGGCAAGGGCGAAUUCACCAACGUCACGAGCGAGCUUGAGUAGAGAAUUAAACUGGUCUGUCUUUUUGCAUGGCCCACGUGUCCUCUGAAGCUCUACGAUGAUCGGGGCCCAGCAGGGACACGGGAGGACCGGGAAAGUUUGCGUUGAUGACUGGACGAAAGCUCAGGACGCUGUGGAUAGGAAAGCUACAGAUAGAUAAACAGCGUCUGUUGACUUUUCUUCUCCUCACCUCGCCUCCUCAUUUCCACAGUGCUCGGCCAAAGACCCUGGCGCAUUGGUCCAGCUCUGAGAAGGGAAGGGAGAGAGGCGGGCGGGCUUUAGCGGUCUGCAAAAUACCAACCGAUGAUCAGGACGCAGAUGUUUUCCUUUUUCCCCUCCCCUCCCCCCAUCCAAUCCUCAGUUCUAGAGCCCAUGGGUGAUUCUGUGUGUUCGAUGUUGGCAAAGGCACAUUCGACAAUCAAAUGACGGGGUGCUUUUAUCUGGGUAUUUAUCUAUAAUACAUGACACCACCACAUACGGUCGGUAGUGCUCCUACAGAAGAUGGCGGGCUUUACUUGUCCGACACAUCCCAUAAUGUCCAUGUUGAACACCUAUAUCUUAC